AUGGUGCGCCGUCCAACGCCAGUGUCCGCGGCCGCGUCCGAGCCCCUGCUCUCCCCCGGCGCUGCCUCGUCCCGCCGGUCCGCGUGUGGUCGACGAAACCCUACCUGCCUCUUCCUCUCCGUCGGCGGCGGCGGCGACGAAACUCGGCGCCUGGAUCUGGCGGUACCUCACCCUCUUCCUCUCCUACCCCGACGCGGGCCGCCGCUGAUGAAGGCCUGCGCGCAGGAGGCGGCGGCCACCGACGCUGUGGCAACGAAGGUACGGAACACCAACCUCGAUGUGGCGAUAGAGUCGCUCCUGAACGUCGAGAAGCAGAUGAGGCUGGCCGGUGAUGUCGCCGGCACGCGGAAGGCCGUCAUCGACAUCGUUGAGCUCUGCUACAAGGCCGGCGCGUGGAAGACGCUCAACGACCAGAUCGUUCUCCUCUCCAAGAGGAGAGGCCAGCUUAAGCAGGCCAUAACUGCUAUGGUUCAGAAAGCAAUGGACUACAUUGAUUUGACACUAGACAUUGACCCACGCAUCGAGCUAAUCAAAACACUGAGCAGCGUCUCUGCUGGCAAAAUUUAUGUUGAGAUAGAGAGAGCAAGAUUGAUCAAAAGACUUACUAAAAUCAAAGAGGAGCAGGGACAGAUUGACGAGGCUGCUGAUUUGAUGCAAGAAGUUGCUGUCGAAACAUUUGGUUCCAUGGCCAAGACAGGAAAAAUUGCUUUUAUUCUUGACCAGGUCCGGCUAUGCCUAGAUCGGCAAGAUUAUGUCAGAGCACAAAUUUUAUCAAGGAAAAUUAGUGCUAGAGUAUUUGAAGCAGACCCAUUGAAGGGAAAAAAACCAAAGGAAGGGGACAAUAUUGUUCAGGAUGCUCCUGCAAACAUUCCAUCCCUACUAGAAUUGAAGCGCAUCUACUAUGAACUGAUGAUUCGGAGCCUGCUAUGA